AUGCCUCCCCGACCAAACGCCAGGCCAUCGCCCACGCACUUCUUGUGCAUUCCUCUGGUUACUCCAGCAUCGCGGCCUCAGCUUUCUAAGAGCUUGGCCGCCUUUAAGGCGGACGUUACCAGCCAGGACAGCUUUGCAAUCCCUACAGACGCAGUACGCCCCCUCAGCACCUUGCACCUAACCCUCGGAGUCAUGAGCUUCCCCAACAAUGAAGGUAUCGACAAAGCCAUCGAAGUCCUCAAGGGUUUGAAUCCUCGAGAGAUCCUCGCCGGCAUCAAGCCUCUGUCCGCCCUCACAUCGUUGGCUGCCCCGGCCCAGGCGUCGAAUACCCUUGUAGCCGCCCAGCCGCUUUCCUCGCUGAACAUCACGCUCCGCGGCUUACACUGCAUGAAGUCCGGUCCCAAGGCCGACCCUAGCAAAGCAUCAGUUCUCUACGCGCCGCCGACACACUCCGAGGGCACCUUCCAGACGUUUUGUGAGAAGAUCAAGACCGUCUUCGAGGAGGCUCAGGUCAUGGACAAGGACAGCCGCGGACUGCUGCUGCACGCUACGAUUGUCAACACCAUCUACGUCAAGGGCGCCCGGGGCAAGAAAGGUUCGAAGCUGACCAUCGACGCGACGGACAUCCUCGACCGGUACGACGAUUACGUUUGGAUGGAGGACGUUCCCGUGGAGAAGAUCGCCAUUUGCCGUAUGGGAGCCAAGAAUAUUGAGGGUGUGGAUGAUCAGGAAUACGAAGUCGAGGCUGAGAUCGACUUCUAA